AUGAAUCUAAAGGCUUGGUCAGCUGUACUGGGUGUAUUUAUUGGAUGCUGUAGUAAUGUCAUAUUUCUGGAGCUUCUAGUUAAAUAUGACUCGGGUUCCGGCAAUCUUAUUACAUUUUCCCAAUUCUUAUUCAUUGCCAUUGAGGGUUUUAUAUUUACAUCGAAAUUUGGUAAAGUUAAGCCGGUAAUUGGUUUUAAGGAUUAUGCCAUAUUGGUGUUGAUGUUUUUCGUUACAAGCGUUUGUAAUAAUUAUGCCUUUGAUUUUAAUAUACCCAUGCCAUUGCAUAUGAUUUUCCGAGCGGGAUCCCUGAUGGCCAACAUGAUCAUGGGUAUUUUAAUAUUGAAAAAGAAAUAUUGCAUUUCCAAAUAUAUUUCGGUGAUAUUGAUUACAAUCGGUAUUAUAACCUGUACCAUGGUAUCGGCAUCGAAAGUGGAAGACACCAGUAAUCCCAAAUUGCGCAAAGAAACUCCGUCCGAGGAAAAUACCUAUUCCGUUGUAUUUUGGUGGUGUGUUGGUAUUGGCAUUUUAACUGUAGCCCUAUUGAUAUCAGCCUGUAUGGGUAUAUAUCAGGAGGUCCUAUACAAAAAACAUGGCAAACGUUCCCGAGAGGCUUUAUACUAUACGCAUUUAUUACCCCUACCCGGUUUCCUCUUGAUGGGUUCAAAUAUAUGGCAACAUUUGGUGAUUAGUGCCACAAGUGAACCAUUGAUGGUGAUGGGUGUAAAUACAUUUGUACCCGAACAAAUUAUCUAUUUAAUCUGCAAUAUGAUUACACAGUAUGUCUGCAUAAGUUCGGUAUACGUUUUAACAGCUGAAUGUAGUUCCUUGACCGUUACUUUAGUGGUAACGCUGCGUAAAUUUGUAUCAUUAGUCUUUUCAAUAUUGUAUUUUAAAAAUUCCUUUACUUUGUAUCAUUGGAUUGGUACAAUUUUGGUGUUUGCCGGUACCAUGAUAUUCACCGAAUCCUAUCCAAAAUCAUUGUUUAAGACAAAAGAACAACAAAAACCAGAGGCUACUAAAAAAGUCAAGGCAUCUUAG